AUGAUUCAGUCUGUUCCCUGUAUUGAAGAUCAUAGUGAUGACCUUCCACAUGGUACCCUAGUCACCAAGUUUAUUGAGUCAGUUGGCAUUAGACUUGAUGAUUAUGUAUUCUUGAACUCCAAGUCUGUCCCCAUUAUUGUGUCUCGUGUGAUGAAAUUAAGCAACACCUACGAUGCUCGCCGAGAUCGAAUUCAUAAUGUAGCGGAGGACGCACCAGACAAACGCCUCCGGAUUGGUUCAGGACCAUAUGAACAUGUGUUUGCUGCUGUGUUCGGCAGUGAUGAUGAUUCUAUAUGGUGGUGA